AGGGCUGAGGCCGGAAGUGCAGAUGUCGCCGCUGUCGGAGCACGCGCUGCAGGACCAUUGGCUGUGAAAAGUUGGAGCUUUGGGAUAAAGCGCGCGUGCUUCCCGCGGCUCGUAGAGCUCUUUUCAAGGCUGGCUCUUCACAAAAUGGCUCCAACUAACGUCAGCCACCAGUUCUCCUCGGGAGCGGGAUGCAGAUGUCCAUUAGAGUCUGAGCUGCGAGCAGUGUUGCAGCAAAGGAUUCUGGUCCUGGACGGGGGUAUGGGAACCAUGAUCCAGCAGGAGAAGCUCGAAGAGGAAGAUUUCAGGGGGAAGGAGUUUAAAGAGCACCCUCUUUCACUGAAGGGCAACAACGACCUUCUCAGCAUCACACAGCCUGAUGUCAUUUACAGAAUACACAAGGAGUACCUGCUGGCUGGGGCUGACAUCAUAGAGACCAACACAUUCAGCAGCACUUCCACGGCCCAGGCAGACUAUGGACUGGAGCACAUGGCAUAUCGCCUCAACAGGGCGUCUGCAGAGCUGGCGAGGAAAGCAGCCGAUGAUGUCACCAAGCAAACCGGUUGUAAACGCUAUGUGGCCGGAGCAGUCGGACCCACUAAUAAAACCCUGUCUGUGUCCCCGUCUGUGGAGAGGCCUGACUUCAGGAACAUCACAUUUGAUGCUCUUGUGGAAGCCUACUCAGAGCAGGUCAGAGGUUUAUUAGAUGGAGGCGCAGACAUCCUUCUGGUUGAAACCAUCUUUGACACUGCCAAUGCAAAGGCUGCCUUAUAUGCCAUCGACCUACUGUUUGACAAGAGCUACCAAAGAAAACCCAUAUUUAUCUCAGGGACCAUCGUUGACCGGAGUGGACGAACGCUGUCUGGUCAGACGGGUGAAGCCUUUGUAGUGAGUGUAUCCCACGCUAAACCUCUAUGUAUUGGUCUGAACUGUGCCUUGGGAGCGACGGAGAUGAGGCCGUUCAUCGAGGCCAUAGGAAAAUGCACCACAGCCUUUGUUAUCUGUUAUCCCAAUGCAGGUCUUCCCAACACAUUUGGAGGGUAUGACGAAACUCCCCAAGUAACAGCCUCCAAUUUAAAGGAGUUUGCUACAGAUGGACUAGUCAAUAUUGUGGGAGGCUGCUGUGGGACCACUCCAGGACACAUCAGAGCCAUUUCUGAAGCGGUUAAACACUGCAAGCCCCGAGUUCCUGCUGCUGAUAUUUAUCAAGACUACUUGCUGCUGUCAGGUUUAGAGCCGUUCAGGAUUGGCCCUUACACUAACUUUGUCAACAUUGGCGAACGCUGCAACGUGGCUGGGUCACGCAAGUUUGCCAAGCUGAUCAUGGCAGGAAACUAUGAGGAGGCAUUGAGCAUUGCUAAGGCCCAGGUGGAGAUGGGGGCCCAGGUCCUGGAUAUAAACAUGGACGAGGGGAUGCUGGAGGGGCCGACAGCUAUGGCCCGAUUCUGUAACUUCAUUUCUUCCGAGCCAGACAUCGCACGGGUUCCUCUGUGUAUUGACUCCUCUAACUUCUCCGUGAUCGAGGCGGGAUUGAAGUGCUGUCAGGGAAAGUGUAUAGUGAACAGUAUCAGUCUGAAGGAAGGAGAGGAGGAGUUCCUGCACAGAGCUGCCACUGUGAUGCGCUACGGAGCUGCUGUGGUGGUCAUGGCCUUCGACGAGGAGGGACAGGCCACAGAUACAGACCGGAAAGUAGAGAUCUGCACUCGGGCCUACAAGCUGCUGGUCAGCAAAGUGGGAUUUGACCCUAAUGACAUCAUCUUCGACCCCAACAUCCUCACCAUCGGUACAGGCAUGGAGGAGCACAACGACUACGCCAUCCACUUCAUCAGAGCAACCAAACUUAUCAAGGAGACAUUACCAAGAGCCAGGGUGAGUGGAGGUCUGUCAAACCUGUCCUUCUCAUUCAGAGGGAUGGAGGCCAUCAGAGAAGCUAUGCAUGGAGCGUUUCUCUACCACGCUAUCAAGGAUGGUAUGGACAUGGGCAUAGUGAAUGCUGGGAACCUGCCCGUCUAUGAUGACAUAGAUAAACAGCUGCUGCUGCUGUGUGAAAACCUCAUCUGGAACAAAGACCCUGAUGCUACUGAGAAACUACUUUCCUACGCACAGAGCAAUGUGAAAGGAGGGAAGAAGGCGGUUCAGACAGAUGAGUGGAGAGAAGGAAGUGUGGAGGACAGACUGGAGUACGCUCUCAUUAAGGGAAUAGAGAAAUAUGUGGUGGAUGAUGUGGAGGAGUGUCGGGCUCAGGUUGAUCGCUACACUCGACCCCUUCACAUCAUCGAGGGCCCCCUGAUGAACGGCAUGAAGGUGGUGGGAGAUCUCUUUGGAGCCGGCAAGAUGUUCCUGCCACAGGUGAUCAAGUCAGCUCGUGUCAUGAAGAAGGCGGUGGGCUACCUGAUUCCUUUCAUGGAGAAGGAGAGGGAGGAGAUGAUGGCACUGACGGGGUCAACAGAGGAAGUGGACCCCUAUCACGGCACCAUCGUCCUGGCUACAGUGAAGGGAGAUGUCCAUGAUAUUGGGAAGAACAUUGUAGGCGUGGUGCUGGGUUGCAACAACUUCAGAGUAAUUGACCUCGGUGUGAUGGUUCCCUGUGAUAAGAUCCUUAGAGAGGCCAUUGGACAGAAAGCAGAUAUCAUCGGUUUGUCUGGUCUCAUCACCCCCUCUCUGGAUGAGAUGAUCCAUGUGGCCAAAGAGAUGGAGAGACUGGGGAUUACAACACCACUGCUGAUUGGAGGAGCCACCACAUCAAAGACACACACAGCAGUGAAGAUUGCCCCUCGCUACACUUCUCCUGUUGUCCAUGUUCUGGACGCCUCCAGGAGUGUGGUGGUGUGCUCGCAGCUCCUGGACGAGGCUGCGAGGGAAGAGUACUUUGAGGACCUGAAAGAGGAGUAUGAUGAGAUCCGGCAGGAGCACUAUGACUCCCUGAAGGAUCGUCGGUAUCUGUCUCUGUCCCAGGCCAGAGAGAAGGCGUUACAUAUAGACUGGCUCUGUGCGCCCAGGCCAGUGCGUCCUCAGUUCCUGGGCAGCCAUGUGUUCGAGUGCUACGACCUGAAAAGUCUGGUGGACUUCAUCGACUGGAAGCCUUUCUUUGAUGUGUGGCAGCUGAGAGGAAAAUACCCCAACAGAGGUUACCCCAAGAUCUUCAACGACAAGACUGUUGGUUCGGAGGCUCGUCGAGCCUUUGACGACGCUCAGCGGCUGCUCAACCAGAUGAUUGACAACUGCAGUCUGAAGGGGCGGGGCCUGGUGGGAUUCUGGCGCGCCCAGAGUGACGGCGAUGACAUCAACGUGUACAAAGAUGAUGUCGGAGUGCAAAGAGACACAGAGCCCAUCGCCACAUUCCACGGCUUAAGGCAACAGGUGGAGAAGGACAGCUCCAGUUCAGAGCCCUACCUGUGUGUGUCGGACUUCAUCGCCCCUGUAGACAGCGGUGUGGCAGACUACAUCGGCAUGUUUGCUGUGGGCGUGUUUGGAGCCGAGGAGCUGAGUCAGCAGUUUCAGGCACAGGGCGAUGACUACAACAGCAUCAUGGUCAAAGCUCUGGCUGACCGACUGGCUGAGGCCUUUGCUGAGGAGCUCCACGCCCGUGUGCGUAAGGAGCUGUGGGGCUACAGCUCUGACGAGGCUCUGCAGGCCACAGACCUCCACAGAGUUCGAUACCAGGGCAUCAGACCUGCAGCCGGCUACCCCAGCCAGCCUGACCACACGGAGAAGACCGUCAUGUGGAGCCUGGCUGAGAUCCAGGAGAAGACUGGUAUUGCUCUGACAGAAUCCCUGGCCAUGACGCCCGCUGCCUCUGUGUCUGGGCUUUACUUCUCCAACCCUCAGGCCUCGUACUUCGCCGUGGGAAAGAUCACCAAGGAGCAGGUGGAGGACUAUUCCAGGAGGAAAGAGAUGAGUGUGGAGGAUGUGGAGAGAUGGCUGGCUCCUGUGCUCGGUUAUGACAGUGAGGAGUAGGAAGGGACUGGACCAGAGCAGGGCACAACAGACACACAAUCAGGUUUAUAGUCCAGUAUUCCACCAAGUUUAUUAUCAGGUCUUAUCAUGUUACUUAACAUGUUUUACUUUACAUUUCACAAUGAGACACACACGGUGCCUUUAUUUAAUGUAACAAUAUAGUUCAACAUCUUUAGGAGAUGUGCUUUUUCAUUUUCUUUGACUGAAUGAAGACGUAUAGACAGAAUAUGAAUCUCUGGAGUCAGGGUGUGGUUAGCCUAGCUUAGCAUAAAGACUGGAAACAGAAUCCGCAGAGCUCCGUGAUUAACAUGCUGUGUCUCUUUUUUUAUCUGUGCACAAACAGAACUGUUGAUGGACAACAGUUUAUUCAGUGCAUACUGUAUGUAUAGCAUCUCUGCCUGUAAUGCUGAAUCUAUCAGCACCUGCUUUUGGGCACAGGGGUACCUUGGUGACAUCACUGUGACAAGCAGUCUCUCUGCACUGUGUGUCAUAGGCUAGCUGUUUCCCUCUUCUUCCAGUCUUUAUGCUAAGCUAGGGUAACCACAUCCUGACAACAGCUCAUGACAGGCAUACAUCUUUCCAUCUCCUGUAGCAUAGAUAGUGAACGGUUCCUUUAAUCCAAACAGCUUUUACUCCAUAGAAAGUCAACAAAUGAUCAAAGAAUCAGAGAAAAAGAAUCUAUACUUCCAUUUAGUGCCAACAUUUAUAUUUUCAUUUGCAGUUUUAUAUUUGUUCCACUCAAAGUAUUCAGUUAAUCAGUAUGAUAAACUCCAGUAUGUCUCAAAUAUACUGUAUAAUAUAUAAUUACACUAAGCUAACAGUGAAGGUCUUACUGAUUUCAAGUUUCAGAUUUGUUGUAUGCAGAUUGUAUUUAUUUCAGUUUUUAUUCCUGGUGUUAAAAUGAUAAUUCUACUGUUCUUUAAAUAUUUUACCAUCAGCAGCAGUCCAUGGAGGCUGGAGUGUACUAGCUUGAUAACACAUUUUGAGUGUUAUGUUGAUAACUUAAAGGUCACAUUUAAAAAAUAUUUUGAUGAUUAACUAAUACAAUAAGUGUUAGUAAUCAUCUGAUAACCUUUUUACUAAUACAAUUUUCUUAUUUGAAUUUACACAAUGAUGUAAAAAAGAUUUCUCUUUGUCUUUCUGCAGUGUUAUUCCAUCUCAUAGCUCUGUUUAAAGAGAUGCAGUCAGUGUGCCCCCUCUAAAAACAAGUGGUUCAGUCCACACAGGAGUACCCGAAGCUCUUAUUGGAACCCUUGUGUCUAAACUCACGUGUGGGUUAGUUAGUUAGUUUUUAUGUGGCACGUUGCUGCAUUUAUUUAAACUGUAGUGUGAAACAAAAUGUAAACGAUAUAUAAUAAGAGACAAAUAAUUAGUGAAAGUUAACACCAUGAAAAGCUUUUAUUUUCUCAUUCAUUGAUUUUAAUGAAUGUUUCAUUUGAAUCAUUUUAUUUCUGUUUUUAUUCCAUCAUUCUGUUAUCAGUCAUUAUAGAAACUGCUACACUUCAGCCUCCAGACAUUUCAACCUACAAACACGGUUUAUUCAACUGUUUACCAGUCCGAUUGUUUCACCUCAAUGUAAUGCCUUAGAGCUUCAGUAACAGAUUGGUUCAUUCUGUGAAUCCCAGCGUUCUAUUGGCUGGUUUGUUGAUGAUUGCUGAUUGUUCAUUCAUUUAGUUUCACUCUCUGAGGGGAUUGUAAAAGUCUUUGUGUAGACUGAGUUUUAUGUAAAUACUUUCUGAGAGUGAACUUUGGACACAUUUUUGGAUUCAUGUUUUUAUUUAGUUGUUUUUUUACAUUGUAAACCGUUUCAAAAGUAUCACUUUUUCUUUUUUUUAACACUGUGCAGUUUUCAUCAGAGCAGCAUUAAUGACAACGUAAACCCAAUCACAGCGUACAGAAAACCUUGAAGAAUUGUUACAUGCAGGCAAAACCACUGUAGCAUCACGUAGAGCUGUCACUUAAACUUGAACGCAGCUUGUUUCUGACAUAAUGAGAAACCAAACAGCUGCAGGUUAAAAAACAAACAUUUUCAAUCAUUAAACGUGCUCAGCUGCAAAGACUUUACUGAACCUUGACAACAAUUUCAGUUCACUCCCAGUGAGGUACGACUAGUUGUCCAUCAACAGCCACAUACUGCUCACACUUUACCAGAUCAGUGUUAUCAGCGUUAACGUAAAUGUUUUUUAAAAAAUGUCACGUUCAAAUUGAAAAGGCAUUUGGCUGAACUGCGUUUCACACGUGUCUUAAAGCCCUGAUGUGCUGCAUCUCAGUUUAUAUGAAACUGAUAGUUUCUGAAUCUGUUUUAUUUUCUUACAUUGAAAAAAAAAUGUGGAUAAAUGAUGGUGGUAUUGCAAACACUGUAAAACUGGGGCGAUAAAACAAUGCUAUUUUGUUAAAAAUAAAAAUGUAUAAAACA